UCAAUACCCCUCAGUCAAUGAAGCGAUACAAUGAUGCACCAAGUGUUUGUUUGUUUGUCUGUUUUAAUAAGAACAUAAUUCAAUUUAUUUCUUUAAAUUCUUGCGGGAUGUUAAAAUAUUCAAUACUCAAAGGCAUCGAGAAUACCAAUUACAAUCUUUAAGGUAUUUAGCAACAUAAUCAUGGAUUUAAAUUACCUUCAGGAUUUCUGUAUAAUGUGUUGCCAAAUUUGGAUUAUAAUUGUGUUUUCAUAUAAACCGCCAUAGGAUUAUUACAUCAAUGUCAUGUGUUUCUGUGCAAAGAGGAAUAACUCGCGUUAAAACAGCCCUGAACUGGAUUGAAGUGCCCUUGGCCUUCAACCUGAAAUUGAGAUAUAUCGACGACCUAUUGUCAAUUAACAAUCAUGAUGGUUAUUUCCAGACUUAUGUCGAUACGAAAUAUCGAGACACCAAACAAUGACUUUGAUGACGUCACAGGAACCACCAACAUGGUUCGCUCCUGGAGGUGACAAUUAGUAUGCACAGAUGAAAAACAGUUCCGAGAUUUACGGCCCGUGCUUUGUGUUCCAGAGAGAUUGGAGAUUUAGGUGCAACAAAUACCAUUACUUUUUUUUUUUAUACUGAGAGGACAUCAUAUUGGGUUAUUUCUAUUUUCAUUCUAGUGUCAGGAUCCUUUAGACAAAUUUGGACUUUAUCCACAAAAAUGAGAGACAUCCUAAGUUGCUUGGUAGUGUUGCCUGGUUGUAGACUGCUGGAAGCUGUGGGACCGAUCUACAUAGCCCUGCAUCACCUUACUUUGCUAAGUUGGAAUGACCAAUCAUGGAAACCGUGGGAAAUAAUAUUCUAGCUCAUGGCGCUCUUCCGUUUUACCAGAACGGCCUAACCACAUCUGUCUCCAGUAUCCUUUCCUCUAGUCCCGGGGCUCAGGACAGCAUCUCCCGGACCACCGCCAUCGGCGCCCAGAACGGAUGGCCCUCUUACUCCGCUGACAGCUCAAUCCCUCCCCACAAUUCCUGCUCCAUGUCCUCCUAUAGCAAUCUACAGCUGGGACCUUCAUUCUCCGCCAUGAACGGGAAAUCCCCCUACAACACAUUUGCUAGUGCGGGUGCGGACUAUUUAAACUGCCGACAAAUGCAGUUAAAUCAUAUGAACCUUAAUGCUAUGCCAACUAUGAGGAAUUAUCCCCCUUUGUAUUCUGACAUGUACCCCUCUGCCCAUACAGCGGGCUACACGAACGGCAGCUUUUACCCCGAUAUUCCCCCCGGAUUACCCACCCUUCCCGGCAGAGACAUAGACUGUCGAAGUGCUACAUCAGAAUCAUCCAACCAAGAGUCCAAAGGCAGAAAGAAACGGAAACCAUACACGCGAUAUCAAACUAUGGUGUUGGAAAAUGAGUUUUUGAACAGUUCUUAUAUAACUCGUCAAAAACGGUGGGAAAUUUCAUGUAAACUCCAAUUAUCAGAGCGACAGGUCAAAGUGUGGUUUCAGAAUCGUCGAAUGAAACGAAAGAAGUUGAAUGAACGCGCGAAAGCGAGGAUACGAGAUGGAGACGACAGCAAGGAUCAUCUGCUUCAACAAGCUCACCACGCAGGCGCAGUUCAGGCAUGAGAUACGUUGAUCACUAGGAGAACAAUAACACUGAUUACAUGCUGAAACCACAUGUAACGGUCCCAUAGGAGGGAUACGAGUCCGAAUUCUCAUGGGGCGGGAUGAUUCGGAGGUAAAGGACCGUCAGUACCCAAGUAGAGUUCUUGACAAAGACGAUAUUUAUCGCUUCUGUACCAAAAGCAGGGAAAAUGCUCACUGUGUGUUUUAUUAUUUCAGUAUAGAGUGUGUACAAGACUAUUUUACAUGUGUAAAUAUUGUUCAGUGUGUUACGUGACCCAGUCGUAUGCUAGAACAUUUUUUUAUCAUACAAGUGGAGUAUUAUACAUUUUCAUUAUUUCCUUUUAUGUAUUUUGUAGACAGUUACCAGUUCGAUUGUCCAUAAUGCAAAGUACCAUCCUUAGUGUAACAAAACAUUAAUCUUACUUGUCUCUAGAAGAAAACUUUAUGAUUCUUUUUUAAUUACCACAUUUAUUUUUACUUGAGUUUAAAAUUUUAUCUAAUUAACAAAUACCAAAAUUAUAGAUUUAUUGAUAAGCUUGGAUUAAAACUCAUUUUAGCGUUUGCGAAAGAAACUUUUAUCCAGUAAAUAAUGUUAAAUUCCGUGGAAUGUCAAGACAUCAUGCUACACCCUGUUUUCAAUUGUUUUUAUCUAAAAACACCAAAGACAUUUUCUAAAAACAGUUACUUAACAAGAACGAGGAACGUGUUCUAAGUGAAUUUUUUUUUCAGUCCAAAUGAAAGCUUGCCGCAGGGAGUGUGGCGAUCGAAAUAUGCUCGCUGUAAAAGAUUUUCCCAAUUUACAGUAAAAUGUAUUGAGAGAUAAAGAAUUUUGAUAUAAACAAUUCAGGAAGUUAAUUUUUUACCUUGAAACAUACGUAACCAAUGAAAAUAAUUUGGACAUUUUUUGAAUGAUGUCUUGUAAGUUUCGCUUAUACAAUUGUGUUUACUCUUUUUUCUUAUCUUGAUUGAACUGGUUAUUGCUAGUAGUCCAAAACAAAUCCAACCCACUCCACUUAAGUGUGCAGAGAGGCUGGAUCCUCCCCUCUUUGUUGUUAUGUCAAUCUAAGUUAUACUUUUUACAAAACGAAAACAUAUAUAUUACAUUGUCCCAAAACGAAAGUACCCGUUUCUUUCCAAUUAGGAGAGAUUCAUUAUGGGUCAGUUUCAAACCAAAUGUUAUAUGGAAAAUAAAUGAAAUAUAAUUUA